AUAUAAAUUCACUAAUCAGUAUGUACAAAUUAGUGAAAUUGCAAUUAAAAAUUCAUAUAAUAGAAUAAUUAAGAGUCAACUUUCACCGCCUGGUGUAAUUGCAAAUUUUUUCCUGAAUGUUGUGCUAUAUGCUGUAGAGAAAAAUUUGUUCUAAAAAUGGAAACAAGUCCUUUAGAUUACGUAGCUCAGGCUUGCAUGGAUUUAACAGAGGCUCUGGAAGCAGCACCAAAUGAAGCUGAAAAGGAUACAAUAAUAAUAAACCACAUAAAAAAAGUCUGGACUGUAGUUCCACCUAUUGACGACUUUAAAAAAAAUUUGGAAUGGGUUAAUGUUGCGGAGCCAAUUUUUUUAGCACAGCAUUGUCAGGAUAAAGUGGUUGUUUUAGACUUUUGGACAUAUUGUUGUAUUAAUUGUUACCAUGUUUUACCAGAUCUUGCAUAUCUGGAGAAACAGUAUAAAGUUGAAAAUGGUCUUGUGGUUAUUGGUGUGCAUUGUGCAAAGUUUGAAAAUGAAAAAGUAUCAUAUAAUAUACUGUCAGCUGUUCAGAGAUAUCACAUACACCAUCCAGUAGUAAAUGAUUCAGAAAGUUGUAUGUGGGAUGCACUGGGAAUAAGGUGUUGGCCUACUCUACUGGUUUUGGGGCCAGGUAACAAACCCAUUUUUAUCUUCACUGGUGAGGGUCAUAGAGAUGAACUUGUGUCCUAUGUUGGAGCUGCAAUACGCCAUUUUGGAAUCAGAAUAUCAACAGCAUUAUUACCCGUUGCACCAGCUAAACAUAUAAAAUCGAAAGCAGAUAGCAUCCUGUAUUUUCCUAGUAAGUUAGCUCUUAAUCCAUUUUAUCGUGGCCGCGGUGAUGAGCCAUUCCUCGCUAUAUCUGAUACUGGCCACCAUCGAAUUGUGCUGACUGACUGUACAGGCAUUAUUUUACGAGUAAUCGGGGGUUCCGGACAAGGAUUCAAGGAUGGCAAACUUAUAGAAGCACAGUUUGAUUCACCGCAAGGCCUGUGUUGGCUCUCAAGCUCAGUUCUAUUAGUAUGUGAUACAAACAACCAUGCUAUAAGAGCAGUGCAUCUUGACGAAGGUACUGUGGAAGUACUGGCUGGCACGGGAGAACAGGCAGCGACGGGUGAUCAAGGUGGCAAAUGUCUUGGGCUGCAAGCGCUAUCCUCCCCCUGGGACAUACUGCUCUAUUCGACUCCCGAUAUGGACAUGUCGGUGCGUCCCGCGCCCCCCGCUGCCCCCACUCCCCCCGCACCCCCGGGACAACCCUCCGCCCCCGCAGCAACUACUGCUCCCCUCGCCCCGCCACCGCCGGAAGAUAAGGACGCGGGUAAAGAUAAAGACAAAAAGGACGAGAAACGACGCGUGCUCCUGAUAGCUUGUGCCGGUUCUCAUCAAAUAUGGGCACUUUUCUUGGACAAUACAAUAUGGUGGAAAUACAAAACAUAUACUGAAGGCACAUGCGUGCGCAUCGCGGGUUCGGGCGCAGAAGCGGCGCGUAACAGUGCGUAUCCGAAUACUGCUGCGUUUGCACAACCUUCCGGACUUACACUUAGAAAUGGGGCUAGUCCUGAAAUAUUCAUAGCGGAUUCGGAAAGCUCAUCCAUCCGAAGGCUGGCGUUAACCACGGGACACGUGUCUACUUUGUGUGGAGGAGAUAGGAAUCCCUUGAAUCUAUUCGCAUUCGGAGAUGUAGACGACAUCGGCGUUGAAGCGAAACUGCAGCAUCCUUUAGGCGUCGCGUAUUGCGAGUCAAACAAAACAUUAUACGUAGCAGAUACAUAUAACCACAAAAUUAAGAAAGUCGACAUUGGACCGCAAAAAGUAUCAACCAUAUUGCCUACCAUGAUAGAAACAACAGACCCCGCUAAGUUUUGCGAACCAUCCGGCCUCUCCGUCAGUUUGGACGGGAAAUAUCUAUACAUUGCCGAUACAAACAACCACAGCAUUAAAAUACUCAAUCUAGCGAAAAAUGUGUGCCAAGAAUUCAAAGUGCGCGUCCCAGACCCGAAAUUCGUGGAACCAGAGAACUUGAUUCUAUAUAAAAACGACUUAUUCAUUAAUAGAAAAGGGGGUAAUCUGAUAAUUUAUUUCAAUGUCAAUUUGGACACUGAAAUAAAAAACGUAAAAUUUUCGACGGGCGCCCCACAAAAUUGGAAUGUGUGCAUUCGCGAUGAUGAUAAUAAGGACGUCACACUAGACGACUUCGAAUUCGUAGGUUGUCCGCAUAAAGGCAAUAAAUUACCCGGUCGAGUGGAAAUGAAACUUAGAGCUCGUACAGAUAAGACUCAUUAUCGCUUGUACCUCAGUUUUAAUACAGCCCUGUGCGAAGGAAGCGUUUGUUUCUCGCAUUCUUUCACAAUUCGAUCCACUAUUUUAGUAAGGGAUUCCGUCAAAAUGAUUGAAUCUUAUAAAAUUACAUGCAAAGUGAAUCCAAUCAACAGACAGGAUUUUAAGUUAGAACAAAGUAAAGCAUAAUUUGUUCGGUUGAACAUUAAAAUUGUUAUAAAAAUAGAUAUAAAGCUUCAACUUGUUUAAAAAUAUACUAUGUGGUUGCUAUGGAUUUAAAAAGCACACAAUAAUAAUUUAUAUAUGUAUGAUAUUAUUUUUUUAUAAUAAAUAACAAUGGUUAACUAAUAUGUAACUAUUAAUUUGAAUUAAACAUACUAACUCUUAUGAUAAACAACUAUAAGCUUUAAAAUGUUACAAAUCGUUUUUAUUUUCUUAUUCGUUGCUUUGUUUAAGUAGACUUAAUUUCUAAGAGACACGUACCUACAUUGAGGAUGUACUAAUAAAAAAUAAUUUUACAAA